AUGAGCGAAGUUACGACUCUAUCGACUCUGGGUGAUAACAGCAACCUUACUAACGAAAAAUUGGACUUUAAUAAAGCAGGAAGAGCCCGAGAAGAAGACGUUGUUCGACAUUGGAGCGAUGACAAUGAGGAAGAGACCGCAGAGGUCAAUGAGAACGACGAUUUCUUUGGCAGAAUCGAAGACGAGUCAUGGGACGGUCUAGUGGAGACCGCGUACAAUUUUCAUCUGCAUUUGCGCCAAGCAUUUCCUCAGGUGAUUUCUAGAGCUAGUAAGCUUGAAGUUGUUCCAGAGGCAGAAACAAUGGAAUCGUCAUCUGCUAAGGCUGGGCAAGAUUUGCACUUGCCGAUCUCAUCGUCGACUAUGUAUUCGAUACCGUACCAAGGUGCCAUUGUAAAAUUGGACUUCACACACUUUAACAAUACUAACUACAUCAAUACUAUCGUCACAGCCGUGUCCACGGGCUAUGACAUGAGUCGAGUAGACGAUGAUGUGCUGUCAAGUUUCAGUCAUGUGCCUUUCGGGCUGGACAAUCAUAGCGACUUGGACGACGUUGUUAACCUCGAUGACCUGGUUUCGUCGGACAGCGAAUGGCCUUCACCUCCAGUGGCAGCAAGAACUUCUCUCAGUCAAAGUUUUAUCGCAGGACCAGCACGGCAUCCACGAACGUCGCUACGAAAAAUGAGCACUUGUUCUUCUAGACCGGCAUCAGCGCACAGGGAGACGGUAAUGGUAAACAAAAUGGCACCUACAGUUGCUCGAAUGACGAGCAGCCAAGUGGGCAAGAGGAAAGCCAGAACGCGAACGGUCAAACGCAAGGAGCUUGUAAUUGUUCGUAUGAAAUGGGUAACGGUGAGAUCAGAGGACUUGCCACCAGACCCUCGAUACGACUGUGGGCUAGCGAUCCAUGGGAAUGUCGUGAUUGUUGUAGGUGGCAUCGUCGGCAAGCUACGCCUAAACGACUUGCACACUUUAGACCUCGCAGCAAAGCCGUCGCCUCGAUGGGCUCAACCACCGAUAAGCGGUACGCCACCACCGUCAGGUCACCUGCUCCAGAUAUUCGUCCUUGGCGACGAUUUGUAUGCGAUCGGUGGCACAAUUGAUGGAAAAUUUCUAACAGAACUUCACCGGCUCAACGUACAAGAAUGGAAGUGGGAUAAGCUUGAAGUUGCCGGAAACCCUCCGUCAAUGCGAUAUUGGUAUUCGCUGGCAGUGUUGCAGGGCAUGGCUAGUACGGGGGUUACGGGCAUCCUCAGCGACUUAGCGAUACGUUUGCGCUUCGAUUUGACACAAAAAUUCCGACAUGGGUGGAGCUGCGGCCUCGAGAUCGCAUGUACAUUAUUCGGAGGAUACGACGGCAAAUACCGUCGUGGUCAAGUAUUUGCUUUUGAAAUCGAGGACGCUACAAAAGAGGGUAUUGAUUGUGUUUGGCGCAAAAUAGAGACCCAAGGCGACGGCCCUGCAUCACGCUACACGCACUCGGGGGUCAGCGUUGGGUCGCGAAUAAUUGUGUACGGAGGUAACAAUGGAUGCUUGAAAGGCGACGCGUAUGUAUUGGACCUCGGGACAGUUGAAGCGAUGCCGACCUGGAAACUAGUCAAGUGUGAUCCUCCUCUAACUCCUCGAUCCUGGCAUCGAGCAGUGGCUUGA